GCCGCCGCCGCUGCCGUCGCUGCCCGGAGCCGGGCCGGGCCGCCGUCAUGCUGAGCCGGCUCGGGGCGCUGCUGCAGGAGGCCGUGGGGGCGCGGGAGCCCAGCAUUGAUCUGCUCGAGGCCUUUGUAGAACACUGGAAGGGCAUCACAAACUACUACAUUGGGAGCACAGAUGAAAACACUCCAGCCAAGAAAACAGAUAUACCCUGGCGGCUGAAGCAGAUGCUGGACAUCCUGGUGUAUGAGGAGCGGCAACAAGCUGCAGCCAGUGAGGCCGGGCCAUGUCUGGAGUACCUGCUGCAACAUAAGAUCCUGGAGACCCUGUGCACACUGGGCAAGGCUGAGUAUCCCCCAGGCAUGCGGCAGCAGGUGUUCCAGUUCUUCAGCAAGGUGCUGGUUCAGGUGCAGCACCCACUUCUGCACUACUUCCACGUCCACAGACCUGUGCAGAAACUUCUCCGACUUGGUGGGUCAGCUCCUGGCUCUCUAACAGAGAAGGAAGAGGUGCAGUUCACCACCGUCCUCUGUUCCAAAAUCCAACAGGACCCAGAACUGCUUACGUACAUCCUCGAAGGUAAAAAGAUGGUCAGCAGUAAGAAAAUACCCAGAGAGACCACUGUCCUGCACCGUGAGGCAGCCAGCACCAGGGUCAACCCUGCGCCCAACACAGCUUCCUGCGGGCCCUGGGCUGAGCCCACCCAGUCGUCUGCUGAGACGGAUGAGCCAGAUAGAGGGCCUGGGGACAGCAACCUGGUCACCUCCCUGCUGGGGCUAUGCAAGAGCAAGAAAGGCCGAGUGGCCCUGAAGGCCCAGGAGAACCUGCUGCUCCUGCUGAGCCUGGCUUCCCAGGCGGCUGCCAGCUACCUGGUACAGUGCAGUCCCUGCUGCCCCACCAUCGUUGCCCACCUGUGCCAGCUGUACCGGUCACUGCCUGCCUUCCUAGACCCUGCUGACAUUGCUGCUUUGGAGGGCAUCAGCUGGAGGUUGCCAAGUGCCCCAUCUGAUGAGGCCUCGUUCCCUGGCAAGGAAGCCUUGGCCGCAUUCCUGGGCUGGUUUGAUUACUGCGACCACCUCAUCCUGGAGGCACAUACAGUGGUGGCAGAUGCUUUGGCCAAGGCUGUGGCUGAGAAGUUGCUGGUGGAGAUUCUUCAGCCGCAGCUAGUGCAUGUGUCUGAGCAGACCCUGUUGACCUCCACUGCGCUGCUCACCGCCAUGCUGCGUCAGCUCCGCGCCCCUGCGCUGCUACGGGAGGCUGCGGCUUUCCUCCUGGGCCCUGACCAGCCACUACCUGUGGCUGCCACUGAUGACAACCCCCCAGCACUGUACACCCACCUCAUCAGGCACUGUGACCACCUCUCUGAUGAGAUCAGCAUUGCCACACUGCGGUUGUUUGAAGAGCUGCUGCAGAAGCCUGACGAGCGGAUUAUCCGUAGCCUGGUCCUGUGCCACCUUGAGGGCCGCCCCUAUGUGGCCCGAGGCUCUCCCGAGCCCGAGAGUUAUGAAGAUACCUUAGAUCUGGAGGAGGACCCUUACUUCAGUGACAGCUUCCUUGACUCAGGCUUCCAGCCCUCCGCAAAGCCUCUGCCAGCUCCUGCCACUAACUCAGAUGGCAGAACUGCAGUGACCGAGAUUGUCAACAGCUUCCUCUGCCUAGUUCCCGAGGAAGCCAAGACCUCUGCGUUUCUGGAGGAGACAGGAUAUGACACAUACGUCCAUGAUGCUUACGGACUGUUCCAGGAGUGUAGCACCCGAGUCAGCUCCUGGGGAUGGCCCCCAGGUCCCACCCCACUGGACCCCCAUGAACCUGAAAGGCCUUUCUUUGAGGGUUUUUUCCUCCGAAUGCUGUUUGACCGCAUGUCCCGGAUCUUGGAACAGCCAUACAGCCUGAACCUGCAAGUGACCUCAGUCCUGUCCCGGCUCGCCCUCUUCCCCCACCCCCAUAUCCACGAAUACCUCUUGGAUCCCUACAUCAACCUGGCCCCCGGCUGCAGGAGCCUCUUCUCUGUGCUGGUCAGGGUGAUUGGGGACUUGAUGCAGAGAAUUCAAAGGAUACCUCAGUUCCCUGGCAAACUGUUUCUAGUUCGAAAGCAACUGAUGGGCCAGGUCCCUGGGGAACAGUUGGACCACCAGACCCUCCUCCAGGGUGUGGUGGUGCUAGAGGAGUUCUGCAAGGAGCUGGCGGCCAUUGCUUUCGUCAAGUUCCCCCCACCUGGUCCUCACCUGAGCCUCUCCCCACUGCCAGGCCACGUCUGAGCCAGCAGGAGCGUGACAGGAGGGGAGACUCCUGCCCACACUUCCUCCCAGGGCAGGGCUUGGCUCCACCUGCUCCUUCCCAGGGAUUGUGCCUCUGCGAGGCCUGAGCUUUGGCUCCCGGGCUAACUCAGAGCCCUGGCUGGACAACAGCCUCGGACUGGGUGUUAGGAAGUGAGUCUCGCAGGUGCCAGAUACCAAGGUGCCACAGAGACAGCCGCCUCCUGGCAAUAUGACAUCCUUAGGGCCUUUGGGAGGAUGGGUGAUGUGCCUGUUCUGUGCCUCCUGCCCUUCUCUAUUGGCCACUUGUGGCAUGGUCCAGACCUGUGACUCAGUGCCAGGGGCAUGAAGAGCAAAGCUACUGGCUCCAAGGCCACUCACAACCCAAAGACAUGGAGGCCUGUCUCCCACCAGGUGCUGUGGAUGCUGCUGAGACUUGACACAUCUCCAUCCAGUCUUCCAGGAUGGGCCUGUGAGGAAGGGGCCGUGAGACUGAUGGCCUCUCUUCUUCUUUGGCCCUCCUAGAGACGGUUGCAAAAUUUCCAGUUGCCUGAUGGCAAAUGCCCAAAGCAUGCUCCGCACCCAGGCGGGGGCAGCUGCUAAUGAGAACCUUGAUGCAACUGUAGCCAGGGCGGGAGAGGCCUGGGGAGCUGGGGGCUGGGUGCCAGGCUCUGGCUCCAGCUGGUUUGUCUCUGGCGCCUUCUGAACCCGUCUCGGCAGGUUGGUAACACCUGGGCAGAGGGGUUCAGAGACACGGGGUGGCCAGACUUCACCCUUCAUGUCCCGCCCAGCCCCCAGUGUGGCGGGCCCCUAGGCCUCUGUGCUGAGAGAACAGGAUGUCCACCUGACCACAGGCCCCCAAGGCCUUGGCUGGGUAUGGCAGGGGCCAGGCAGCCAGUCGUGUUCUCCUGCAUGCCCUCCACGGCUGGGGCUGCCACCCCACCCUAGCGGAUCUGUCUCGACCUGCAGGAACACACAGGCAGUGCCAGGCAUUACCUCACGGCAGGGCUGCAGUUGCUGGCUUGACUCCUGGGCGAAGAGGAGCAGGCCAGAGCCCCUUUCACUUCCUUUUCCUGCCCAUACUGCUUCUAGCAGCCGGCCGCAGGUUGCCAAGAGGUGACAUGAAAGAGAAGGAAACUCGGUGCCUUCCAGCUCUCACUCAUUCCUCCAGGAUGGGGAGUACUUUACUGCUCAGAGGGCCUGGGCAUGUGCAGGCACAACACCCUGCAUCUCUGUGGUGGUUGGGGGUCUGGAGAGAAGAACUUGAGUGAAAAUGCAUCUUUUCAGUUUAGAAACAGGACAUGGGAGAGGCACCGCCACAUGUGAGCCUCACACUGGACAGCCUGGCAAUAAAACAGUGUGUUUGCGUGGACACAGCCUCCCUCUGCUGUCCUCCUCCUGGACAGCCUGGCAAUAAAUGGUGUUU